AUGAAGGCUCAAAUGACCAAAUUGGACUUAAUUGAUGAUAUAAAUAGCAAACUCGAUAUCAUCAUGUCAAAUCAAUAUCAAAAUGUGGCUAUUUCGCCCUCGACACCGGUUCAGCUUGACAAUGCACUUAUGCUCAAGCACUUCGAUGAGUUUCAAAGCAAAAAAACACGUGCGGUGAUUGAACGAUUAGCUGAUGGGAAAAGUGGAACUGAGCAGCAAGAGGAUGCAUCAUUUGUAAAUGAAUUAUGUAAAGAGAUGAACUUGGAUCCACCGUUGAAAGUGUAUAGACACGACUGUGAAGCAAUUAUUCGCCCAUUGAAGAUUGACUUUGGAUCCCAAUCCCUUCGUGAUACUUUCUUGAAAAAGUACAAUAAAACCAUAAAGGAGAUGGAGAGUGUUAAAGCUCUCAAAGUCAAACCAAGAGCGAGAAGAGAUUUGACUAAAAUUGAACUCGAAACUCUCAAGAAAAACAGGAAAAUGGCGUAUGAUGAAAAUGUGAAAGCUGGAAAACUUGUCUAUUAUAUUUAUGAUAUCGAAAUUCGUAAAAAUGAUGAUCCUCGCCCGUUUAAUUUUGUUCCCUCCCACCAAUAA